AUGUCCAAGCUAGAAAAAUUCGAAACUAUAGAAAAGAAUGUCAAGCCUCUAGACGACGAUUUUAAAUCAAUUAAAGCUUCAUUGGAAUAUGCAGACACAGAGGUUAAAGACUUAAGGAAAGACAGUGAGGCGCUGAAGAAAAGUGAAAAGCUACAAAGAAAAGAGUCGAAAGGCUUGAAAACGAUAACGCCAUUUUACACAAUAGCAUUAUUGAUCUGA